AUGGCAGAUACUGACAUACUUCCUCAAGGAUUAGGCUGCCAAUCUCCACCAUUCAUCCCAAUCCACAGCUCACUUCUAAUUUGGCUCUCCUCUUUUGCUGAGAACAAGCAUCAUCACAAGAGGAGAAAGAAAAUUUUGAGAUAAGACUGAUCAUGGCCUUGAAGCUGUGGGCUUCUUCAGCUGCCAGUGCUCUCAAAUUCUCCUGCAGAGCAACUGCCACUCCCUUCCCUGCUUCCUCCAUCACCAGAUGCUUCUCCUCUGUGAUUGAUGGCUUCAAGUACAGUAAAUCUCAUGAGUGGGUGAAGCAUGAGGGUGCUGUGGCCACCAUUGGCAUCACCGACCAUGCUCAGGGUCAUCUCGGGGAUGUGGUCUUUGUGGAGCUGCCGGAACCCGGUGCAGCAGCUACAAAAGAACAAAGGUUUGGAUCUGUGGAGAGUGUCAAAGCCACAAGUGAUGUCAACUCUCCUGUCUCUGGUGAAGUCAUUGAAGUCAACACCAAGCUCACUGAAACUCCUGGCCUGAUCAAUUCAAGCCCAUAUGAAGAUGGCUGGAUGAUUAAGGUGAAACCGAGUGAUCCAUCGGAGCUCAAAUCCUUGAUGGGAUCAGAGGAGUACACCAAGUUUUGCCAGGAAGAAGAUGCUCAUUAGAGCACACAACAAAAGUCAUGGUUACUUCUGCGCUCACUGGUCUGCCAUUCGAGUUUCAAUCUUGUUACUCGUUGCAGUUUUGUUCUCUUUUAAUCUUGUUCCGGCUCUUCUUUCUGCUGUUUGAAAAAGGAAGGGAAAAAAAACACAAACUUUGUGCUUUCAUAGUUAUGUUUCGGAUCAGAAGCUACUAUGAUUGAAGAAAUCACUUUCACUA